AUGUCGUCUCCAUCCAUCUAUAGAAACCGUCGGUACAUGGGCGAGGGUACUAGAAAUUACCGACCUGGUGGUUUUCACCCAGUACACCUCGGUGAUGUUCUCGAUGGUCGCUACCACAUCUUCCGCAAGUUGGGUUCUGGGUCUCAGUCUACCGUCUGGCUAGCCAGAGAUAGCAGUAAGCAAGAACGACAAUAUGUCGCUCUCAAAAUCUUUGAGGCAGAUGCAGGCAUGCACCAAGAAAAAGUUGAUCAAUGGAUUACGCAAGAUCAAACUCCUCACCCGGGCGUGAAAUUCGUAGAGAGCCCAUCCCUAGGCUCAUUCACAGUUACUGGGCCUAAUGGCAGGCACUAUUGCAAGGUGCUGGAGCCUCUUGGCGGUUCACUCAGUACCGUCCUGGAUGAAGCCUAUGAGCGUCGUGAGGAGCUCAACGAGUGUCCACCUGCGCAGAUGAAAGCGCAGAAGGGUGAUGGUUGGUUGACUGCACCGGCUAAGACGAUCUGUUGGCAGGUCCUAUCUGGACUGAGCUUCCUGCACAGCAGGCAGGUCGCUCAUCGCGAUAUUCGGCCUACAAAUGUGUUUACCGCGUUGCAAUAUGACCUUUCUUCAAUGCAUGAGAAUGAGAUUCAAAAGUCUGUUUGGGCUACCGACGACGUGCAAAAUGAGGAAGAGGAUGACGAGAGCAACGAAGAAAAGGACGACAAUGACGAUGAUGACCAGGACGACGAUGACGAUGACGAUGACGAUGACGACGGUGAUGAUGACAACGAUGAGAGUGGCGACGAGAGUACCAUCUCAGAUCCCGAAGAACGGCUCAGACGAGAACAAGAAGAGGAGGAAGACAGAAAAUGGCUAGAAGGUUUCCAGCAGAGGCGCCAGAAAUAUGUAGAAUUUGAAGCAAUUGUCAAUGCCAAAUGGGAGACAUUUGGCCGAGGCGAUCCGCUGGCAGUGCCGCAUUCUGAGGAAUGGAACAAGGCCAAUCUCAUUGGUACACGCAAUGACAUCGAAAUGCUUAUACGAGAGGAUGACAAAGACCCUGAGCCAGGCGAGCUCCAGUACACCGUCAGGAGGACAGCUCUACAAGAGCAACUGGACUUGAGCAAGCCAUUCAGGGUUGUUCUGGGUGACUUGGGCUUCGCCUUCCCCUUUGCUCAGUGUGGCAAACACCCGAUUGCUACUGAGCAUGUUUAUCGUCCCCCCGAGGAUCUGCUCGACCUGGAAAUCACGUACAAGGCCGACAUCUUCUCAGCAGGCCUCUUUUGCUGGAAGGUCGUGAUGCUGGAUGAGUUGAUUCAGAUGCUGAGCGGGGGUGGGCCUGGAUACACUCCAUCUCGCCAGCUCCAUGAUCUUGCGCGGCGCCUGGGUCCCAUACCCUCAGAGAUGCGAGCGAAUUGGAAACAGGCCGAUGCGUACAUUGACAAGGCUGGCAAUCCUCUAGACCUGUCGGAACAGGAGAAGUCGAUAUACGACAGGUCAUUCGGCGAGGAGAGUUUUCAGUGGGGGGAUAUUUGGCACCGUGCAAGGAUCCAGAAGCCUUAUGAUAUGCCAGAGAGCGACAUGGAGGUCUUUGUGGAUUUGAUCUUGAAGAUGCUGCAGUGGGACCCUCAGAAGAGGCCGGAGGCAAAGGACCUACUUCAACAUGAGUGGUUCAAGGGGUGCCAGUAG